UAUUUUUAGCCAUAAAUUAUGCCAUCAAAUCUUCCAAAUAAUGCUCCUGAUAUUGAUCCUUCUUACCUCCGGACAUCUCUGUCUAACCAGAAGGAAGAAUCUGGGGUAAAAACUAUGAAUGAUGAUGAUGCUAUUUCUCAAGAUAAGCUUACAUAUUUUUGGAAAGUAUUUGAAGUGAAAAAUAAAACUAUUAAUCAAGCUGUCGAUUCCCAUCCCUAUGUGAUUAACCCAAUGGGAACAAUUGGGAGAGAAUUCUCAGUCUUCCACUUAUCUGACAUGUAUUUCUACCUCAACGAACUCUCAAGAGCUCAGGGAACUUCAUUAGAGGAGCAUAAUUUAAUAGAAGAGUUUAAAGCAGAUUUGAAAUAUAAUGGAAAAUAUUGGAGCAAGACAUGUGUUCUUGCUACUUUUGUGCCAUUCAUUGGAUUCACUCUUCUCAGAACAAGGACUAUUGUAUCUAGGCUAUUCUACUUGUACAUCUAUUCCUUAUUUUUUAACCAAAUUUAUGACCUGGGAUUGCUACUAAAAAUGAUUCAUUCAGGACCAGAUAUGAUUAAAAACGUGCUGAAUUUAGAUGAGAGAAAGAGUUUCUCUAAGAUCCAGACAGAACUCUUUAUCAGAUAUUGAGCUAAGAAAGAAAUCGAGCGAGCUCUAGGCCAGAGGAAGAAAUUCAAUGAAUUAAUCUAUGUCAGGAUCCUCAGGAAUGGAGUCAAGGACUUUAUCAACGACUGGAAGCUAAGAUUCAGAGUUGUCAAGACCAAAUUGUUCAAGAAUAAUAACUAGGGGUCUUCAAUAUUUUAGAAUUGAA